AUGGAAGUCACAUAUGAGAAUAGUCUGAUGUUCCCAGCGGUAACAAUUUGUAAUAAUAACUGGUUCCGGAAGGAAAGUUUGAAUAGCAGCGGGACUCUUGAUUUUGGGCUCUCAUUAUCAUCAUCUGCGUCUGCCGUCGUUAAUGGCAGUGGGUACAACUUGACAGAAUUCUUCAUGACGCAUGGCCAUCAGCUGGACAAGAACUUUGAUUUGCCCUGGGCUUGUGAUUGGAAAUACACAGAGUGUUCCUCCGCCAAUUUUACCAGGAGAAUAACUGACAUGGGAUUGUGUUAUACGUUCAACGAUGGUGGAAAUUUGCAUGCCACAUUCCCUGGCGAAGACUAUGGCCUAAGACUUAUACUAUAUACAGAGCAGGAUAAGUACCUUGCCAGGACACGCAAAGCAGGGUUUACGGUUCUGCUUCACCAGCCUAUAGACACCCCACACAUGGCUAAUGGGUUUCAUGUGGCACCGGGAGAAGUGACUUCCGUGGCAAUCUCGUUGAUAGAGGUAGAAAGUUUACAUAUAUUCCAAUGA